AUGUCUGGACGUGGUAAAGGCGGUAAGGCGAAGUCUUCGGGCAAGUCAAAGAGUCGUUCGUCGCGUGCGGGAUUACAGUUCCCAGUGGGCCGCAUCCAUCGCCUGCUUCGCAAGGGCAACUACGCGGAGCGCGUUGGUGCGGGGGCACCGGUGUACCUCGCCGCGGUGCUGGAGUAUCUCGCUGCGGAGGUGCUCGAGUUGGCCGGUAAUGCGGCACGGGACAACAAGAAGACCCGUAUUAAUCCACGACAUCUGCAGCUCGCGGUACGUAACGAUGAGGAGCUGAACAAGCUGCUGGCUGGUGUGACCAUUGCGCAGGGCGGCCGUAUCUCGGGACUCAUCUACGAGGAGACUCGCGGUGUGCUGAAGGUGUUCCUGGAGAACGUGAUCCGUGAUGCCGUCACAUACUGCGAGCACGCGAAACGCAAGACAGUCACUGCAAUGGAUGUGGUCUAUGCGCUCAAACGACAGGGCCGAACGCUGUACGGAUUCGGCGGUUGA